GCCUUUUACAUAUGGACUUCCACCCCGGAAUUCGGACCCGCCCACACCAUCCAACCUCCAUCGUUGUAUCGCGCCUGUUCUAGCGUCGAUGAUUUCUCAUCUAACAUUUCGUCGGUACGCUUUAUGAGGGCCUGUUUUGAGUGUCAAUUUUAUAGAAACUUCUGGCUUCAACCCGGUGGUAGGAGUAUGAUUGACAUUGCUUUUCAUUGGGACAUCAUCAUCGAAUAGACGGUCUUGAUUUGUGCAUCCAUCGCAUCUGGGCGAGCAUCAUUCGGCAGCCGCCCAGCAACCAGGCGAAAGUCAACUUCCUAGACUUCCCCAGAGUCCCCGCUCUUGUUCCCAGUCACGGUGCCCUGCCGAGACAUUAGCGCCACUGUUACAGCCGCGGUCGCUAUCGACGACAACAACAAGUGGAAUCUGUUUCAGUACUUAUACAUCGUGAACCCGCCUGCGCAACACCACCCGAACGAAUCCCAGCUUACAGCAGAGAUCCAUAAUUGUUAGCACUUUAUGUAACUCGUGGCUAGUUCACAUCACCUCCAUUAUCGAGAAUCCCUUACGGUGACCACGUCAACAUUGAGCCAUUAUGGCGGGGCGAGUUCGUCAUCCCAUCGACAUCAGGGCCCUCGAGUCGUGGCUGGCCCAGAAGGUGCCUGAUAUUGAGGCGCCGCUGGAUAUCAAGCAGUUCGGCUUUGGUCAAUCCAACCCGACGUACCAAUUGACUGCCGCCGACGGCAGGAAAUAUGUCCUCCGCAAGAAGCCCCCAGGAAAGCUGGUGUCCAAGACCGCCCACAAGGUCGAACGCGAAUACCGCAUCCUGACUGCCCUCUCCGACACCGACGUGCCCGUACCCAGGACCUACUGCCUGUGCGAGGAUGAGUCCGUCAUCGGCACCCCCUUUUACAUCAUGUCCUUCCUCGAUGGCCGCAUUUUCGAGGAUCCUAUAAUACCCAACGUGCUUCCCGACCAGCGCCGCGCCAUCUGGAGCGAUGCUGUCCGCGUCCUAGCCAAGUUGCAUCGUAUCGAUCCCAGGAGCGUCGGUCUCGAAGAGUUCGGCAAGCCUUAUGGCUUCUACAGCCGUCAGGUGGACACCUGGAAGACUAUCUGCACCGCGCAGGCCAAGGUCGAGGAUGUCGAUACGGGUGAGCCCGUCGGCCAGUUGCCCUUCUUUGAGGAGAUGAUGCAAUACUUUUCCGACCUGAGGCAGCAGCCGGCCGAUAGGGCGACAUUGAUUCAUGGCGACUUCAAGAUUGACAACCUCGUUUUCCACAAGACAGAGCCGAGGGUGAUUGGUAUUCUAGACUGGGAAAUGUCCACAAUCGGCCACCCCCUCUCCGACCUCUCUAAUCUUCUCACGCCCUUUUAUACCGCCCGCCUCGACCCUCGCCAAUCCAUCAACGUGCACCCUGGAUUCCUCCCGCGCGCCACGCGCGGCCUCCCGCCCGUCGAUGAGAUUACCGAGCUUUACUUCAACGUGACCAGCCCAGUAGGGCGGUCAACCUUCGAAAUUUCGCUGCACCGACAGGCGUCACCUGCUGAGGAGCUCGAGCGCCGGCGCGAGCUCGCGUGGGCCCAGGCCUUCAACAUCUUCCGGCUGUCAGCCAUUUGCCAGGGCAUUGCGGCGCGCGUGGCGAGCAGGCAGGCUAGCAGUGCGCAGGCGAAGAGGUAUGCUGAUGCGCGAGAUCCGAUGGCGAGAUUUGCGUGGAAGUUGUGUCAGGAUGUGGAGGAGAAGAGUCCUAGGCCGAGGAUAUAGUCUGUAAUCUAUUUUUGUAGUCCUGGUUGGUGGCUUUUGAUUAUUUUAGUUUUGGGCCUCAUCGGUCAUAUUUUGGAUCACUUCAGGGGGUUUGGAGUCCAUUAGCCAGUCAGUCGGCAACGUAGCCCGAGUAUAUAGUCUACUUUUGUCUGGCAAAGUCAAACAACUAAUUGUUCGUCCACUUAAAACUGGCAAGAAUAGGUAGGCUUUUAGCAGCUACAGGUUUUGAAGUGAACCAGAAGCACAGGCAGGCGCUCUCCCAGAAAGACUCAUAUGAUUACUUUUGUCAUCCUUGAA